AUGGCACAACGACCCAACGGCCAGCCGCAGCAGCAGCAGCAGCAGCAGUUCUACAAUGCCUACCACCCCAAUGCACAAGCACAGCAACAGCAGCAACGAGGCGGACCGCAGCACUACUCGUCCGCAGCCAUCGCCGCACAGCUCCAGCAGCAGCAGUACAACCGACCACAGCAACAGCAACAACAACAGCACUACUCACAACAACACUUAACACAGCAGCAGCAGCAGCAGCAGCUCUUGCACCAACAGCAGCUCUUGCUUCAACAGCAGCAACAGCAACAGCACGGCGGUCAAGCGGUCUACCACCAGCCACCGCCAGAGCCAAAGAUUCCCGACCAGGUGUCCUUCUAUGCAUUGGGUCGCACCAUUGGCAAGGGCGCAUCGGGCAUUGUCAAGAUCGCCAAGCACACUCUCACAAACACCUUGGUCGCGGUGAAAAUUGUCAACAAGACCAAGCUCAAUCUCGAGCACUUGAAUCGGCUCUUGCACGAAGUGCACAUUAUGCAGCGAUUGAGCCACCCGGCAACGGCGCACCCGCACAUUACGCGUCUCUUUGAGGUCGUAAACACGCCAGUGUACAUGUACAUUUUCAUGGAGCUCUGCACGGCGGGCCGUGUGGACUACUACUUGAAGGCGCUUGGCGACGACAUCCCGCUUCGCGAGCGCGAGUGCCGCCGUCUCUUUAUGCAGCUUGCCUCGGCCGUCGAGUACUGCCACUCGCUCAACAUUUUCCACCGUGACAUGAAGUCGUGCAAUGUUCUCCUCGACGCGGACAAUAACGUCAAGCUCACCGACUUUGGUCUCUCUGUUCAAUGUUGGCCCGACCAAACGAUCGACAACAUCUGGGUUGGUACUCCGUACUAUAUGGCUCCCGAGCUGUUCCGACGGGAAGCGUACAAGCCGAUGGCUGUGGAUAUCUGGGCGCUUGGUGUUGUUUUGUACGAAAUGGUCACGGGCCUUCGACCCUUCCGAACCGCAACAUAUGACGAUUUGAUGCGCCUUGUGUUGAGUCGCCAGUUGGAGUUCCCCAAGGGCAUGUCUAGCUCUCUAAAACGGUUGCUGAACAAGCUGCUGGCGCUCAAUGCCGCCGAGCGCCCGAAUCUCACUCAAAUUCUCUCCCACCGAUGGUUGCGCGAGCUGAAUCCUGACGGCACGACUGCCGUUUCUGGCUCAACCAACGCCAACCCCACGGCUGGGGCGGGCUCGGAUGCCCCCUCGCCAAAUGUCGCAGAUUCCCAACAACAAGCGACGCCGCUGCCAACAAACCUGUCUGCGGGUAGCUUGACAGCCUUGGCCAAUGCCCACUCUGGCUCAAACAUUAAUCUGGCAGCAGCGUCGUCGGUUGCCAUGCCGUCGCUUGCGGCCACAACAACCGUCAUCUACCGCCCGCCAGACCACAACUACCUCUUGGAACGCAUGGAGCGGCUCGGGUUUGAUGCCAACACUGUGCACGUCAUGCUCAAGGACGCACCCUUCGGCGACCUUUCUGGCAUUUACAACACGCUGCACUUUCGCAAGUCACAAAAACGCGUCCCGCUCGUUGUGCGCCAACAAGAGCCAGCACCGGUCUCGCUCGUCCCAUCCGCGUCCUCCACUUCCACCACAACCACCGACCCUAUCGUUCGGUCUCGCAGCACGUCUCCAGACCCGCACGUCGCCACCGUCCCUGACUCGAAGACUCCCGAUGCCAGCUCGGCCACCACCCUGCUGUCUCCCUCGCCGUCCCGAGUCGCCGGCUCGAACGGUAUCAUCAAUCGCACCGCUUCUCCAAACGCCACAUCAACUCCGCUGGCCGUGCCUUCCAAGCGGUCCUCGAUUGCUUCUCCGGCGUCCGCCAUCGAAGCCACGUCGCCCACUGUCCCAACGGCCAUGCCUACGACAGCUGCCCAGCCAUGCGUCAUUGCCUGCGUGCCCAAUCUCCGCACCAACGCCAAGCAGUGGCUUCAGCGCCAAAUGGACGAGCCGAGCGACUGGGACACGACCAACCAGCGCCCGCAGUUGUCCAACGUCCGUGCCAAGUAAAACAGCACUGUCUGCGAGGUUGGAAUGGAAUGGCGGUUUGACUUUGGAUGGCCUCCGACGAUUUUGGACAAGUUCUGAAUGAAUGGAGUGUUUUGAUUUGGUUUUUGACGAUGGCUUUUUUUUUUUUUUUUGAUCGCUCGCCUCCAUUUU